AUGGCGUUCACUCCAACCACGCUCGAGCUGCCAUCCACCAUGCCACCGGCCGCCGCCGCCGCCGCCGCCACCCGCCACCGCCACGCGAGGCCGGCCGGCCACUUGCGCUGCGCCGCCGACGCGGUGUCCACGGCGCCGGCGGAGCGGACGGCGGCGAGGGUGAUCGCCACGAGCUCGCGCACGGCGUCGGCGUCGGCGGCGUCGGGCUCUGUCGCUCGCGUGUGGAGGAAGGUCCAGGGCUCCGGCGACUGGGACGGCAUGCUCUCGCCGCUGCACCCGGUGCUCCGCGGCGAGGUGGCGCGGUACGGCGAGCUCGUCGGCGCGUGCUACGCGGCGUUGGAGGAGGACCCCUCGUCGCCGAGGUACAUGAACUGCAAGUACGGCAAGCUCCGGAUGCUGGAGGACGCCGGCGUCGCCGGGGCAGGGUACGAGGUGACGCAGUACAUCUACUCGUCGCCGGACGCCGCCGUGCCGGGCAUGGAGGCGUCGACCAGCGGCCGCGCCAGCUGGGUCGGGUACGUCGCGGUGUCCACCGACGAGACGACGCGGCGGCUCGGGCGGCGCGACGUGCUCGUCUCGUUCCGCGGCACGGUCACCCCCGCCGAGUGGAUGGCCAACCUCAGGAGCUCCCUCGUGCCGGCGAGCCUCGCCGCGCGCGGCGGCGGCGGCGGCGACGUGAAGGUCGAGUCGGGGUUCCUCAACGUCUACACCUCCGCCGACGAGACGCGGCGCUUCGGCUGCGCCGACAGCUGCCGCGACCAGCUCCUCCGCGAGGUGUCCCGCCUGUUCGCCGCCUCCCGCUCCGGCGGCGAGGACGUGAGCGUGACGCUCGCCGGGCACAGCAUGGGCGGCGCGCUCGCGCUGCUCCUGGCGUACGACCUCGCGGAGCUCGGCGUCGCCGGCGGCGCCCCGGUCACCGUCUUCUCCUACGGCGGGCCGAGGGUGGGGAACGCGGCGUUCAAGGCGCGCUGCGACGAGCUCGGCGUGAAGGUCCUCCGCGUGGCGAACGCGCGCGACCCGGUGACGAAGCUCCCGGGCGUCUUCCUCAACGAGGCGACGACGAGGUCGGGGCCGCUCGCCGCCAUGCGCGGCGCGUGCUACGUGCACGUCGGCGAGGAGCUCGCCCUCGACUUCGUCAACCUCGGCGACCUCGCCAGCGUCCACGACCUCGGAUCCUACGUCGCGUCGCUCAGGGAAGGGGUGGUCACCGACGCCGAGGCGGCCACCGGCGGCGUUCUCGCCAUGGCGAUGGAGCUCGUCGGGAGGCAAUGGCAGUCGAAGGACGCAGCCAGGGGGAUGAUGCAGUCAACUGGCUUGAUAUGAGAGAACUCUCCCUGUUGCAAAAACUCUUUUCCUCAAUCCUUUUGGGCGUUCAAAAAAAAAGAUAUCUAUGUUGCAGGGAAAUUGUUUUAACAGCUCGAGUGGAUGUCGACCCGUUGAUUGUAUGUCAUCUAAAUUAUUA